UUGAUAGCAGUACAGGUAAACAGAACUAGGUCACAGCUGUGGGACAUGGGUGGACCGGCAUUGCAGUGGACAUAUACAUAAGUCAUUCUACAGGUACUUUUCAAUAAACUCUGUACAUAUUUGCAUUGCUGUACAUGGAGACCUAGAGAGCAGCUUAAUACUUGGCAAUCUGUCAUAUUGUUGUAACAACUUGUCAGAAAGACGUAUACUGUGUAUGACAAAAUUUUCAUCAACAGUGUGACCUUCAGAGGACUAGAAAUAAUCAAAAUGUUCACAUCCGUAAACGGUGAUAAAAAAUCCAGAUGAAGUUGAUGGAAGUGUUCGUAUAACUUUCACGUAGAGACAAAAUAUGGCGAACAACCCCUAUUUUCGUGGUCCAGUGAAUGACCUAGUUGCCGUAGAGCUGGAGGACCCACCUGAAGGCCCCCUUGACCUACCAGAACCAGGUGACCAGGCAGAGGAGGGCGAUGUGGAGGGACCAGGCGACCCAGGGGAAGAAGAGAGGGGCAUUUCAAUUCCACGUGGAUCUGAAGAUGAACCCCAGAGUGGUGAGGGUGUGGCCAGGGAGCCGGAGGGGGGUGGUCAGCAGUCCAGGCAGGGCAGUGAGCAGGCAGCUAGAGAGGAAGAAGAAGAAAGGAAUGCAGAGGGCAACAUGGAAGAGCAUGAAGAUGACCCCAACCAAGUCCUUCGUGAUGAAAGUGACUUCAUACAGAAUGUGUCCCAGUUCUUCAACCAAGAGGCGCUCAGUGAUGUCAUACUGACUGUGGGUGAACAAAGGUUCUAUGGCCACAAGUUUGUGCUGGCAAAGUCCAGCGAAGUGUUCAAGUGUAUGCUAUAUGAGAAACAAUGGCUAAGUGGUACCAGAGAUAGUGAAGUGGUGCUUAAUGAAAGUGUGGAGUGUGAGGAGGCAUUUGAACGUUUCUUGCAGUACCUGUACACAGCGAGCGUGUCAAUAAACCCAGAGAGUGCUGUGGGCAUACUGUGCCUGGCAGACAAGUAUGGAGUAGGGUCCCUAAAAGAAUUGGUUACAAAGUAUAUGGUUCAUCACUCUCGUAGUCCCAAAGUGACCAAUGCUUUAAACUGGUAUUCGUGGGCCAAAGCCUUAAACUUGACCGACCUGGUCCAGCAGUGCCAUGAGACUAUAACCUGGAACAUCGCAGAUAUCAUACAGUCCCCUGAUUGGCUGAUUAUGGAUUUGGAAUUUGUCUGCGAUAUUCUGCAGAGUCAUGAACUGAUCAUCAAGAAUGAGUUGAUGAUGUACCAUGCAGCUGAGCGCUGGUUGCUCAGUGAGAGUAAUAUUGCAAACAUCAGCGACAAUGCACAACAAAUGCUCCCCCUGGUGAGGUUCCCUCAGAUGAUGGUAAGGGAUUUGUUUGAAGUAGAGACGAGUGCACUGGCUAGUCAUGAAGAAUGUAAAGAUUUACUGAAAGACUUGCUCGGCCGUGCUUACAGGUUUCGAUCCCUGUGCCCAUCGCAGAGCACCCUUGGGGUAAGUUUUGCAGAUAUAUUUUACAUGCCUCGUGACUAUAUUGAUCUGCAGGUGGACAAAGUCAGCAUUCAGAACACACUCAGGUUCGGAAUACAGGUUGAUGUGCGCACUUACGUAGGCCCUGUGCCGAAUGAACAAAAAGAAGGGGAGUGGAAAAUUACAUAUCGAAAGAACAAUGACACCUGGUCUCUACAGUUGUACUGUCAUGAUUCGGCCAUGGUGAAUGGUGAGGCUAAGGUUCAGGCCACUAUUCUUAUACACAAUGAACAGGAGAAACCACUCCAAGUCCAGCGCACUGGAACAUUUGCAUGCUCUAGAGGGAACAGUUUGAACAUCCAAGUUACUCUGCAGGAUAUAGAGCCUUCUAAGAGCAUGGUGAUACUUAUCAAACCCAUAGCUGACUAAACUCAACCAGAAAUACAGGAUGAUCACAAUGCAAACUCUGUGUAUGUUGCCGUCCAGAGGCAUUAAGAACAUGAUGUUUAUCCUUAUUAAAGCAAUAUGAUGCAUUGUUAUAGGGUGCCUGACAUAAACUAACAUGCCAAAAUGACUAUAUUUUCAGCACAUAGCCAAACAUAGAGCACUGAAUGAGAAAAUGCAAUGAAACAAAAACAGUGUGAAACUGCUGUUGGAGUACUUUUACUGUUAUGUUAAACCACACAAUUUUUUACUGUUAGGUAAAUGUAACCAAUCAGAUAAGUUAUAUGUUGUUGCUUGCAGUUCCACGUUGUUUUCUAUUAGUGAAUAAGAUCAAGAAGAACAUUACUAUAAUGAGAUUUCACAUGGUUCUGAAAUACUGUUUAUGGAAGAAAAAGGUGGAAAUUUUUUGAUUAAGUGGAAUUUAGGGAACAAAAGGCACACUUUGCUAAAACAUUAUCAGUCCCAGAAAAAUUGUCCCAGUUCUCAUUUUUAAAGAAUUUGAAAGAGUAUUUUGGUAACAAGGCACAUUAAACUUUAAUAAUUGUAUUCUAUUCAAAGUGUCUAAAUUUCACAUAUCAUGAUAAAGAUGGUGAGAUGAUCUAUGUAGCAUCUUUACAUUAAUUUCACUGCUGACAUAUGAAAUUGUUCAUGGGUAGAGAUGGCAUGAGGUGCAGCCCACCAUGGGACUACAGACAGGGACCAGUAUUAUUGUCAGACAUUGUUUACUAUUGCCCUAUUUAUGUGACAGAGUUCCUGUUACCACUGUAAUGAUGUAAAUUAAAUAUUAUUUGUGCUGUACAUUGCUUUGCUAUCAGCUUAUCAGUGAUCAGAAGUGGAAUUUAUUUUUUGAAUAUGACACAAAAAGAAAUGAAAGAAAAACAAUGUCAUCUUAAGACGGUCUUUUAUAUUUUGUUAUAUUAUGACUGUUUAAUUAAACAUUCUUGAAACGUAAAAGUGAACAUUAGAAAGGGUCACAAUUUGAAAGAAUUUAAGACUCACCUUUUAAGGAAAUGACUUGUGUACUUACAUUAAAUUAUGUAUUGUGCAAUUGAAAAAGAAAACAGUUUAAUUUUGUUUUGUACCAUUGCUCAAUAUUAGUAUACUUAGUUUAUUAACUUUUCUCGCUAUUAUAAUAGAAAAUAUUUAUGUAUUUUAUAACUUAUCUGUAUUAAAGACUACAUGUUGUAUCCUUCACUGUAAA